GUGGUUUCACGUAGCUUAGUGGCAGUUAUAACCUCAAUCCAAUGAUCUCUCAAAAAGAAAACAAAUAGCACACAAACAAGAAAACACGCUAUGAAUUGUUUGAUUAUUUAGUUUAGAAGGAAAAAUGGAAACGCUAAAUGAUGAAAAACCCCGCGUUAUUUUAACUGAACACAAAAUAGUAGAUAAUAUUCCUCAAGGUCCUACCGUAUUCGAUGAACAAUUCGAUAUUAAAUCGUUUAAAAAGAAAUUCCAAAUCGUCAUGGUGCGGCACGACCAUUUGGAGAUGGAGUUUGACCUUAUUGGAAUCCAUCCUUUUAUAGCUAACACUUUCCGAAGGUUAAUGCUGAGUGAUGUACCAACUAUGGCAAUUGACAAGGUGCACAUUCUGAAUAACACAUCCAUUAUUCAGGAUGAAGUUUUGGCACAUAGGCUGGGGCUUGUUCCUCUAAAAGCUGACCCAAGGCUAUUUGAACAUAAAAGUGAUGCUAAUGCACCAUCCGAUGAAAAAGACACUUUGGAGUUUGAAUUGAAAGUGAAAUGCUCUAAUAAUAAAGAUUCAAUUAAAAAGGAAUCAUCAAGAGCUGAAGACAUGUAUAAAAAUCCCAAUGUCUAUUCCAAACAAAUAAAGUGGGUCCCAUUAGGAAAUCAAAAAAAUAAAUUUAAAGAAAGCGAUAUUGGACCUAUUCAUCCCGAUAUUUUGAUAGCAAAAAUGAGGCCAGGUCACGAGCUCGAUAUCAAAUUAUUCGCGGUGAAAAGUAAUGGUAAAGACCAUGCCAAAUUUUCACCUGUUGCAACCGCAUUUUACCGUCUUCUUCCCGACAUAAGGAUAGUUAAGCCAGUGGAAGGUGAAGCAGCUUUGAGGUUACAAAAAUGUUUUUCUCAAGGAGUCAUUAGCAUAAAAAAAGAUGGAGAUAGAAGAUAUGCCGUGGUAAACGAUAAUCAUGCUAGAUAUGACACUAGCAGCAGAAAUGUCUUUCGAUAUGACGAUUUAAAAGAUUGUGUGGUUAUGUCUAAAGUUCGAGAUCAUUUUAUAUUUACCAUCGAAUCCGUUGGUGCUCUUCCUCCCGAGGCCAUUUUUAAAGAGGCAGUAAACAUAUUAAAGGACAGAUGUGUAUCACUUCUAACCGAACUUAAUAAUGCUUAAUUUGUAAGGAAUUUUAUAAAACGUCUAAAUAUAUGUGUAAAAAUAA